AUGGCGUCCGAGGAUUUUACCAAAAAGAAACUUUGGGGAGGUCGUUUCACCGGAGAAACGGACCCAAUAAUGCACGCAUUCAAUGAAUCUCUGUCCUAUGACAAGCGCAUGUGGGCACAAGACAUCCGCGGCUCGCAGGCGUAUGCCAAGGCAUUGAUCGGUUGCGGCAUCCUAACCGAGCAGGAAGCUGAUCAAAUUAUCGCAGGCUUAGAUCAGGUCGGAAAGGAGUGGGAGAAUGGCACAUUUAAAGCCGCUCCAGAGGACGAGGACAUCCACACGGCUAAUGAGCGUCGCCUGAAGGAGCUUAUUGGGGCUGUCGCUGGGAAGUUACAUACGGGCCGCAGUCGCAACGAUCAAGUCGCAACAGACAUGCGUAUGUGGAUGCUGGACGAGGUUGAUGUUCUUGUGAAGCUACUUAAAGAGCUUAUUUGCGUUAUGGGCAAGCGAGCAGAACAAGAGGUAGAUGUACUGAUGCCAGGCUAUACGCACUUGCAACGGGCGCAGCCUAUCCGCUGGUCUCAACUGUUGCUUUCGCAUGCCACCUAUUUCUUGUACGACCUAGAACGAUUGCAGUCCAUGCGGUCGCGCGUAUCUAUGCUUCCGCUGGGUGCUGGACCACUGGCAGGCAACCCGUUCGCUGGACUGGACCGCAAAAAGCUGGCAGAAAAUCUGGGAUUUGAUUCCGUGGGUAUUAACAGCAUGCACAGCGUCAGCGACCGAGACUUUAUUGUCGAAAUGCUGAUGUGGGCGUCUCUGUUUUCAGUGCACAUUAGCAAGAUUGCCGAAGACUUGAUUAUCUAUUCGUCUUCAGAGUUUGGCUUUGUGCAACUCAGUGAUGCUUACAGCACCGGCUCCUCGAUUAUGCCACAAAAGAAGAACCCCGACAGCCUUGAAUUGCUACGGGGAAAGAGUGGCCGUCUAUUUGGUAACAUGAGUGGGUUUAUGAUGUCGCUUAAGGGUAUUCCCUCAACAUACAACAAGGACCUGCAGGAAGAUAAGGAGCCGCUGUUUGACUCGAUCGAUACGACGAAAGCAUGCGUGCAGAUUCUUACUGGUGUGAUCAGCACUAUGACGAUCAAUUCGCACAAAAUGCGGGGCGCACUAACAACGGACAUGCUUGCUACGGACUUGGCCGACUAUUUGGUGCGCAAGGGCAUUCCGUUCCGCGAGACGCAUCAUAUCUCUGGCUCUGCUGUGAAAAUGGCAGAAGACCGUGGAUGUGAGCUGUCUGACCUCACGUUGGAUGACUUCCUGACACUCAACCCUGCAUUCGAGGCUGACGUGCAGAAGGUCUGGGAUCCCGAGGAGAGUGUGGAGCGCCGCAAUGCGAUCGGUGGAACGAGCCGUCGGGCCGUGCACGAACAAGUGGAGCAUCUACUUGCUCGGUGCCAAUAG